UAAUUUUUUUCUGAACGUAGAUACAUUAGAUAUUUCUUCUAUUUCCAAACUCGACAUCGUUAGAAAUCCGCCCGACGUAGACGCGGAUUUCACCGAGGCGAGCUCGAGCGUACAUACAACACCUGCGGCCAUUUGUCGGAAAAAAAUCUAACCUACACUAACGGAAAAUGAUCGUGUGUCAUUGGGGGUGUUAUUCUGGUCUACGAACGAUAACAACAAACCGUACGAGCACAGUUGUCGGCGACGCGUAAGUGUUGGGCAUCGGUCGACCCGUCGGCUCGCAUUUGGUAUGUCGCGAGUGCGUAGAUACGCGUGACGAAGGAACGACAAAAGCCAGAUACGUCGUAGUGAUCGCCCCUGAUUUUCACACGCAAAUUCAGACGCAACAGUAGAGCGCGAGUCUGUGUCGGACCUUCGGCGUUAUCGGAGUCACGCGCGUGUGUGCACACGCAUUCGUGCUGUGCUCGCGAUGCGUCGCGGCGAUUUUCACGCAAGGCUAAUGAUCGCGUCGUUUCACCUUGAGGAGAAAUCCAUUCCCAUGAUAUCAUCGCGAGACUGCGAUCGUACACUCGCUAAUGCAUUAUGCAAUAUCCGAGAUCGGCCGUUUCCUCGAAACUGAAAAUUCUAUAUCACCCCGUUAGGUGAAGUGACGCGUCGCGCGCGCGAGAACGAGCCAACAAGCAUUUCCGAAGUCGAGAGAUGAAACAUAUGCUCGGGAUUCUUGUCGUGAUUCAGCGUGAGAUACGGUGCAUGUAGUCGUGCCUCAUUGUUACUAAUGUUCAGGAUAAUUCACUAACAAGGAUAGCACGCAAGUAUACUCAAUAAUGUCAUCAAUUAACAGUAUUGACUCCCACGGGACAUUGCAGUGGGACAUGAUGGAAUUGGCACGUAACUUGCGACAGGAGAGACUCUUUGUCAAUUCUGAACAGCAGAAUCUUCAGACCCUCAAUGAAAAAGUUUUGUGUAUGUCAUCACAGUUAGCACAGCAAGCGUGGGUAACAGCUCAGCAAAGAGUGAAUCUGAAUCGUCUCAUAGUAGCCAGACCAGAUUGCACUCCUGCGUCGUGUUGCCUACGAGCGAACGCUUUGGAGAAUUCACAUUUUAUCGAUGCAUACAAGUACCUGCGUUAUCAGGCAUGUUUGUCUUACGGAGAAUUUCUGGGUGCAUUGCGAAAAUCACCCAAGCUCCUGGCUUCGUGCCUGGUCGAAGGCGACAAGGCGAUCCCGGAGUCGAUGCAGGCGAUCGUGCAAUGUUUAGCUGCCGGAUUGUACGGUAGCUGCCUAUUACCGGAGGACAAGAGUCUGGUCCUCCAAUUGCUCAGGCACCUUAUGCUGCUGCAGAUAAUCCCAUCCGACAACCCACGAAGAUUGCUCAGACACGGCACUUGUGCAUUUUCGAGAUUCUACUCGAUCUUCCACGAGAGCCUGUUCUCCGCCAAGUUUUUCUUAACGGCUGCCCUGCACAGCCCUAUCGUGCAAUUGCUCAUGGAAGACGAAAUGUUUCUGGACAUCGAUCCGGACAAGGCGCCCAUUCGGUUCCCACCUACAGAGAGAUUGAAGAAAUUUGGGAAGGAAGGCACGCCCGAGUACCAGGCGAAGCUACAGCGUUACCGGCUGUGGACGGUGAAUUCUCUGUAUCGCAUCACGCAACGAUUCAUCGUCAAUAUCCGCGAGACGAUGCACUGCUUCCCUACGAGUGUUUGUUGGCUCGUGAGACAAAUGGCUGGGCUUCUCAGCAAGAAUGGGAACGUGGACCCGAAAGAGGUGCACGCCAUGUGCACUGAUCUUGUGUUCACGUACUUCAUUUGUCCGGCUAUAGUGAACCCCGAGCCUUACGGUAUCACCGACGCGCCGAUAAGCUACGUCGCCAGAUUCAAUCUCAUGCAGGUCGGACAGAUUUUGCAGAUGCUCUCGCUGCAAAAGUAUCAAAAUAUCGACAGCAAAGUUAUCGAUCUUUACAAAAAAUUUGAGAAGGACUCGGUGUCUUCCAUAAUAGACUCGAUGUUGGACGGCGCGACGGAGGAGUUGGACGAGGAACCAGCAAUAAUUGACAAUAAUAAGCUUCAAGGCCUGUCACGAUCCGCAGCCCUGUUCACGGAAAAUGAAUUGAAUUCUUUAAUCACGUUUUUGAAUACGAUCGACAGCGAUAAUAACGGAGAAGCAAUAUCGCAUACAAGCACGUUCGAUAGGAAACAAUUGGCGGAAAUGCUGUCUCAGUUGCCCUCGGGCUUAUUGCAUAAUAAUAAACUCUGCAACAACGAGUGUUUGGAGACGCCCAACAAGCGAAGUGCCGCCACGGGAAAAGGAAAAGGACGUGGCAUAAAGAUGUCUGCAUCAUUUUCUCCAAAUGUAACAAACGAAAGUGGAGAAGAUGUUAACAGCGCCCCUGUUUCUGAAGAGGAAGCAUUGGACAAGAAUACUCAAGAUGUGCUAGUCAUCCCUUUCGGUCCCACAAUUGGGGAAUCUGUAGGACUACUUAGUGAACAAAAAGUUUUAUGUAUGGAGCUCCAAAGUGGUAUGAAGAAUGGACCUGUUACUCUGAAUCUCCCUGAUGACGCAUCUGGCGAACACACUAGGCAAGAGAGCGGCAAUGUCGAACGUAUCGAAACGCAAGAAAAGAGGACUCGAUUUUCACUGUCACAUGACGAAGUAUUGUUCGAAGGGUCAAUUGGUAAUACAUCUGACAAUCUGGAAGCUGUGUCGGAAGCUGCUUCUAAUCACAGCGUCGCUUCAUCUCUCGAGUUAGAGACCGAAGAUCAGAAUGAUAAUCUUUCAGACAUGGUAUCUGCUAAUGUAUCGGGAAGAGGAACUCCGAACAUAUCAGGCCGAGAUACACCAUCGUCUCAAAUCACUGAAGGAGACGAUGGACGUGCUGCAGGUGAAGUAAGACAAUUGGAUUUGCCGCCGCCUAAUAUUCCAACUAAACAAAGCAGAUCUGAAAUUGACGACAAAUUUUGUAAAUUUGAGAUUAAGAAGCUUAUUGAAGGAGAUGAGACUGUUUCUAUGGUAUCUGAUACUUGGUCUACGGACGUGUUGGCCUCAGAUAGCGAAAUAGUUGAGCAACAAGAUCGAAUGUCGCUCCCUGUCCCUCCCGAACAAGUUCCAUCUGUUCUGCCCGCCGAGCCUACGCCGACCAUGUUGGACAUUAGCGAGACCGCUUCUGAAGCUUGGAGUACAGAUGUGUUGGCCAGCGAUUCAGAGAGAUUGACCGAAGUGGACACGGAUGAUACUGCUAGUGUCGCCAGGUCUGACGAUACAGCACGAUCAGAAGUCGAAAUUGAAAGUCGCGCCGAUUCCGAGGGAAACGAAGAGACACUUCAAUCUGCAACACCAUUGAUUCCAGGUCCAGAUGGCCCGGGUAUCAGUUUUCCCUCAGUUUCGGGUAUCCGAGAGGACUCCAGCACACGUGCUGCAGCGGUAGUAGCUCCCUCCCCGACAGCAUCUCCCUUACCUUCGUCGUCCAACGUAACAGGUCGUGGCGGGACAAGGUCCGAUUAUCGACGUAGCACUAUGGAGUAUGUGGACAAAAACGCGAACAAUAUCAAUAAUGUGGAUUACGGUAAAUCGUUGCGAGAAGACAGGCUGGUCCAUUUGAUAGAUAAGCUCCAAAUCGACAACGGUAAGCAUCAAGUCGAGCGUCCGGGAACAGCACACAAUCACAUCGUUGCGGCUGCAGUCGCACCGGCGUUACUGUUAGCUAAUCAUAUUUCUGCGCCUGUUUUGCCAGAGAAACCCCAGAACGGUGAUGCGAAAGCGGAGGAGUUGGACGGCUGCAUGGCGUCUGUCGGGGACGCCGUGGGCCGAUUGAGCACGGCCAGCUUAACGUCCAGCAGUAGUUCCGGCUCGGAGCCGCGUAUGAAGAGUAAUACGUCGACGUCGGACUUGCCGUUACCAACGCCGGCAGUCAACGGUAACUGUGACGCGAUAGAUGGAUCGAGUCCCAGCUUCUCCAAACCAAACGUAUCAACUGGAGCUAUCCCGAAGAGUAUAAGUUUCGACAUGACGGCUGAGCGCGGUGACAAGGAGCUGUUGGACGACGAUCAGAAGAAUAAGCGCAGCUUCUUCGGGAAAUUGAAACUUUCUCUAAGAAGCCGUAGAGGCAAGGCACUCCGCGGGACCGACGACAGAUGCUACGACCGAGAAGCCGGCGGUGACGGCGUCGACAUAUGCAGGCACAGAUUACGCAGGAUCAUGUCGGAAGACGUUACUUCAGCCAGUAAUGUCACAGACACCACCGAUGACAUACUAGCAAAGUACAGGAGGAAACCAAGCGCAACUAGUGACACAGCCUCGGUUGAAAGCAAUCAGUCUCGCACAAAAGAGGUGGAGGACGAAAGACUCUCUAUUGAUCCGAAUAAUGUAGAGAUGUCUUACGCUUUUGCGGAUGCUAAGAGGAAACUACGUAUGGUACUCAGUACCGCAGAUCUUCAGCACAUUCCGUGGAAUACUUCUGAGAGACACUGUUGGCUUCAGAAAGAAAACGAGCUGGUCGCGUUUCUGCAACUACAACUGGCAGAAGCUAUAAAUUUGCAGGAUAGAGCAUUAAUUGCUCAUCUCCACGAGACCUUACGUUGCGUGCGAUUAUUUAAUGAUGACGGAUGUAGGAAGCUCUUCAAAUCUUUGCGGGAGGACUAUCAGAAGCGAUCUCCUUAUAUCGCGUAUUUAAUCAGAUGUCGUCAAGGGUUGUUAUCGACACUAGCUCACUUAGAUAGGUUAUGCGUACGAGUUAAGUGUGAUCGGGAUGCCAUUAAUAAUCACCUGGUGUCCGUCUGCGUAAGGGUAUUCUUAGAAAAGAGGGAGGCUUUCAUUUUACGUUUCUGCGACGAAUUUAAGAAGCUUACAUUGGCCGAUGAGAAGCAAGACCUCGUGGACAACUUUCUUGGGAAGGUCCAUGCCGAAAUGGACAACGAUCCGAUUUGGCAAUCGGCGAGUUCUAGCCAAUUAUAUCUGGCCAGAGCCGUAGUGGAAAGGACCGUGAUGGCGCGAGUGUACCAUAAUGCGCUUUAUCCGAAUGGAGACGGGGAUGUAUAUAGGGACCAGCUUCUACACGAUCACAUCAAAAAGUUAGCGAAAGUCGUAACUCCAAAUCACAAGGACCUACGUAUUCCGAAGGUCUAUCAUUACGAGUGCCCUUGGCCAUGGGCGCAGGCUGAAUUGGCUGUGAUAUCGGCGUAUAAAACUCCUAGGGAUAAGCUGCAGUGUGUAUUUCGUUGUGCGACAACCAUCAUGAAUCUGCUUUCCAUGGCAUCGGAAAGAGGAAUACCCGCUGCCGAUGACCUGAUUCCAGUGCUAGUCUAUGUCAUAAUCAAGACUAAUCCACCGUCGUUGCUAUCGACUGUUCAAUAUGUAGACAGCUUUUAUGGAAACCGCUUGGAGGGCGAGGAACAAUACUGGUGGACACAAUUCUGCUCUGCAAUUGAGUUUAUUAAGACAAUGGAUUAACAGUUUCUCAGGAGUAUUACGAUAAAUACGAUUAGACCCGUCACUGGUGAUAAUGUAGAAAUGUAUCAUAAUCACAAUUUGACGAUUUCGUAAAAGCAAAAAAAAAAGAACAGACCAAUAUCUUGUGUAAAGCUAGCUGAAUAGCUGAAUAGUGUUUUAUGCUUCCGGUAUCUUGAUUAUAACUAAUCUUAAAUAGCAGUCUAACGAUUACUUCUUUCGCACGUAUUACGUAACAUUAGCAAAGACUGAAUAUCAGAUUGUACGUAAGGAAUGGCUUUAUCUUUAUUUGUAACUCUAUUGUACAAUUUCACAGAACAUCGAAAGAAAUGUUUAGAGAUAUUAUUCUAUAAUUUAUGUGUAAACAAUAUAGAACUUGUAGAAUUGAUAACCAUUUAGCAGGA